AUGCUCGAAAAGAGCGAGACGUCACCACCAUUGCCGGCAACGGCACCGACAGCGACCAAGGGUUCGGCUCCUCGCCAGCCGCCGACCGACCCGAAUCGACUGCCAGAAUUCGAAGUUAUUUUCCGACAGAAUGACCCCGACGACCCCAAGAACUGGCCCAUGUGGUACCGCAUGUGGGCUAUUGCAACCGUUUCGUUUUCGGCUUGGGUUGUGGUUCUCUUCAGCACCAGCUACACCGGCGCGCUUCCCGGCCUCAUGGAGGAGUUCAAUGUGAUCAAGACGUACGCGACCAUGGGGAUGACGACGUAUCUUCUGGGUCUUGCUGUGGGCAGUCUCAUCGUGGCUCCAAUGAGCGAGCUAUUUGGGCGCAGAAUUGUCUACCUUGUCGGUCUGGCCGUCUGGGCCGUCUUUAUUAUUCCCUGCGGUGUUGCCGAGUGUCUGACGACCAUCCUUGCCAGCCGCUUUGUUGGUGCCCUGUUUGGCGCCGCCCUCAUUUCAAACGGUCCGGGCACCGUUGUCGAUGUGUCAAAGCCCGAGUAUCUCGCCAUGGGCAUGUCGCUGUUCAGUCUCGGCCCAUUCAAUGGCCCGGUACUGGGACCGCUCAUCGGCGGCUUUGUCUACGAGUAUUUGGGAUGGCGCUGGACAAACUGGGUAGUGCUUGUGCUGGCCGGGCUCGCCUUUUCCAUGAUGGUGACCGUCAAGGAAACGUAUGCGCCGCGCAUCUUGAGAAAGCGAGCCGAUAAGCUGCGUAAGGAUACUGGCGACUCCCGCUGGUGGUGCCAUUAUGACAGAACCGUUUCUUCGUGGCAGCUGAUUUCUACCAACAUGAAGAGGCCGGUUGUGCUGUUCUUGACCGAGCCCAUUGUGUGGUUCAUUAACGUUUGGAACGCACUCAUCUACGGUAUCUUAUACCUGUGCUUUGUUGCCUACCCUGUAGUCUUUGCCCAGCAUCGCGGCUGGAGCGCAGGUUUUGCGGGCAUGUCGUACCUGGGCAUCGGUGCAGGCAUUGUCCUUGCCAUUGCCGUGGAGCCAAUUGUCCGACGCAUCAUCAGCUCAAGGCCGUGCGACCCCGUCACUGGAAAGCCACCACCAGAAGCAGCAGCCCUCAUCAUGGUUGUUGGCUCUCUGCUGACGCCGAUUGGACAGCUCGGCUUCGCCUGGACUUGCUUGCCAACGAGCGUUCAUUGGAUUGUGCCGAUUCUCUUUGGAGUCCCAUUUGGGUUCGGCAACACGCUGAGCUUCAUAUACUCGUCUAACUACCUCGCCGGGGCCUACGGCAUCUACGCGGCGAGCGCCCUGGCCAGCAACGCCGUCAUCCGCAGCCUCUUUGGUGCGACCCUGCCACUGGCGGGCUCCAAAAUGUACGAGGCCAUCUCGCCACAGUGGGCGGGCACGUUGUGCGGCGUGCUGGCCGUGGUCAUGAUUCCCGUGCCGUUUGUGUUUUGGCGGUAUGGGGCCAAGAUUCGCAGCAAGAGUCGCACCAUUCGGCUGCUGCGGGAGCAGCAGGAAGCCCUGGACACCAAGAAGGCCGAGGAGCAGGCAAAGCGCGACAAUUGUUCCAGCAGCGACGGACAGCUUGCGCUAGAUAGCGACCCCUCCAUCGGCUUGUCUCGGCCCCAAGUCAAAAUCACUCAGCUUGGGAAGAGAGAGAAAUGA